AUGUUGAAGAUAUGGUCUAUGAAACAACAGCAGCAGCAAGCUGAAAAUGCAGAAGGGGCAGCUGGGAAAAAGAAAAAGAAGGUCACUGCGGCUCAGCUCCGCGUGCAGAGGGAUCUCCAGGAACUGACCCUCGGGAGUACAAUGAAAAUGACUUUCCCUAACCCCGACGAUAUUCUUAACUUCACCCUUUCUAUCGAACCCGACGAGGGCAUGUACAAGGGUGGUGCAUUCCAUUUCAACUUCAACGUGAAUCAGAACUUCCCGCACGAUCCGCCGAAAGUUAAAUGUACGCAGAAGAUUUAUCAUCCUAAUAUCGACCUGGAAGGGAAUGUGUGCUUGAAUAUCCUUCGCGAAGACUGGAAGCCUGUGCUCAAUUUGAAUGCGGUAAUUGUGGGCAUGCAGUUCCUUUUCCUUGAACCCAAUGCCUCCGAUCCACUGAACAAGGAAGCCGCCGAUGAUCUACGUCAACACCGGGAUGCUUUCAAGCGAAAUGUGCGCACGUCAAUGGGGGGAGGCGCCGUCCGGGGAGUUCAGUAUGAACGUGUCAUGAAAUGA